CCAGCUGGAGAUGGUGAUGGCUUCCAUUUUAUUUGCACAUACAGAUUUUGUAUAGUUGCAGUAGCUAGAGAAAUUUCAUGUGCAUUCAACUGAAAUUUGAAACGUGGAUCCAAAUACAAUGCCGCAAUGAAAAUUGGAGUUUCGAACAAUUUUUUUUCACGUUCUUUCAAUUUUGCUUUGAGCACUGAAGCAAACGCGAAUCGUGGUGACUGUACAAUAAUUUGGUCCAAUUUUACCGAAAUUCGCAACGACCACAAGUAUAAAUCAGUAUAACAAAAAUUUCUACGUUCCAUCGCUUUAGUAGCAAGAUAUGGAAAUUCUAGCACAUCAACAAGUUGUUUAAUUUUCUCCCAAAAAUCUUCAUCGAUCACUUGAAACUCGUCAUCAAUUUGCAUAAUGGACUCCCAAUUUGGCUUCAGGCGCAAAAAGUCUUUGAGCUGAAAACACAUACAAUGAAAGUCCUAAAAACAAUUUCAAAAUAUUAUAUCAAAAAGUCUUACCAUCAUGUACUCUGAAUUCCAUCGCGUUUUAUUAUUCAUGUGUGGUUUGAUAACCUUAACUUCCAAUUGUUUCAAUGCGAUUUGUACAAUUUGAGUACGUAACAAUUUACAUAAAUCGUUCACAGUGUUGAUUAUCGAUGACACAUCGCAUAUAUCAAAUGUGUCUCUAAUCCCCAAUUGGUAUAAAUGUGUGGAACAACUUAUUGGGUUCACGGUUAUGACUGUUCCAUAAUAGGAUGAAAAUUCAGCCGCCACAUUCUUCACCAAGGAAUCGUAGUCAAUGUUAUUAUUAACGAUGUUGGCUAUUUCAAGCUCAUCUUCUGGACUGAGUCCAUUGACUUCACGAUUUCCAUUCGUUUCAUCCUCAUCACUUUCAACUUCCGAAACAUCAACAUAUUCAUCAAUCGAUUCACCUAAUGCCAUAAUAUUCAAUAACUUUCGUGUUAGAACCAUAUUACUCGCAUUGUCUGUGACAACGGCUUUGACUUGACGAAUUGAAACAUCAAAUGUUGUCUCGAUAAUAUUUUUCACCGUGGUGGCGAUAAAUGCAGCUGUGUGGCGUUGUGUUAGCUCAAUCACGGCCAAAGACCGAACGAUGAUUUCGUCAUCGAUCAUGUAUUGAGCGUUUAUUGACAAUACUGAAAGUGUUCCUUUUGUGCAUGUAUCCAACAUCAGGCAAAUUGGUCGGUCUUUCAUUUCUUUUUUCAAUGUUUCUACGAUCUCUUUACUUAUAUUGUCGAUAUCUUUUGCAAUCAAUUUACGUGACAACUUGACCUCAUACCGCUUCUCUCGUAAUUGUUCAAUGUUGUUUUUACAAAAACCCUUUAUUGCGGAUGCGUUCAAUAAUGAAAACGGUUGUCCAUUUAUUGUCACCAGUUCAACGGCAGUAAGUUGCAUUUCCAAUGCUUUUAUUUGAAGAUCUUUUAUUUCAUCGACUUUGGCGGGAAACAUUUGUUGAUAAUGAGAUGCAUGUUUCGAUUGAAGGUGGCGUUUCAAAUUGUACGUUCGCCAAUUUCUAAACGUUUGCUUGCAAUCUAAAAUUCUGCAAUGUACCAGAUUCGAUUCUGAGUUCACGCAAAAAUAUUUGUUUAAACCCGAACAUUGCUCAUUGUCGGAGUCACUCUCCAUCUUAAAUACUUUUUCAAAUUAAAUUCAAAUGAAACAAAUUGUCUGUUGAUGUGUCUUCAAAGGUGGUAAAAUGUGAACUGAAUGCAGCGUCCAAGAAUUCCAACGCACAGUAUAUAGUGAAUUGUUAAAUUAGAGCAUAGUAGGCUUUUUUUUGACAUACCGUUUACUGGUGCACAGAAUUUUCGUGCCACACACAAAGCAUCACACCAAGACAUUGUGCGUAUAUCGGCAUUAAAGAUCAAACAUUGCAGACGGAAGGUCUCAUAUUUAAAUUAUUAGCAAUAAAAUUGGCAUUAAUUUUUUUUCUCCGAGUAUUUGCAUAAUAAGUAUUUUUUGUUUAAAUUCAUACUUCUCAAAUUACAAUGAAUCAAGUUUUUGCUGUUUUUCAUUUAACGCAAGCAAAGCAAACAGUUGUUGGUCGAAUUGAUUGGAUUUAUAAGUUGAAUUUAGCAAAAACAUUGAAUAAUCGAAUAAAUCGAAAUCAGACCCAAAUUGUUUUUUGGUCGAAAAAUCUUGAAAAAAAUCCAUCAUUCAAUACUUCGACAGUUCGUUUACGAGAAGAAUUCAAUCCGAACGAAGAUGCAAUUUAUCGUGCAAAAAUCGUAAAAUGUUUCGAAACAAAAAAUGGCGCAUUGCAACAUCUACGUUAUUUUCGAUGUGGUGCCCCAGCUUUAUACAAUAGCGAAAGAUUGCAAGAAAAACCACUUCCACCGACAUUUCCAAUUAAUUGUGGCAAUAAUACUCUUCAGCCGGUCCAAAGUGUAACACCGUGUGUUACAGUUGUUCGCUGUCAUUCCACAUCGUCAAUCGAUUCAACGACUGUGACUCAGCGCAAUGACUUAAAUGAUUCGGAUUUCAAUUACGAUUCGGACAAUUUCUAUUACGAUGGUGAUGACGAAAUCUAUGAGGAUGAAGACGAUAUAAUUU